UUGACACACACACCAGGCAACCUGGUGAGUCUGUGGAUAGCGUCAGUGACCGUCUCAACAACAUGCACACGCCACGCCUCCGCCCCGCCACCCUGUCAGACCCUCUCCAUCCAUCCAUCCAUCCAUGUCUGUCCGUCCGUCCGUCCGUCUGUCUGUCUGUCAGUCUGUCCCCACACGCCAGCAUCACCACGCCCUCACAUCUGGAUCCCAGACCGAACAGCAGUUGAUGGCGAACUCUUCUGCAGGCACAUAGGAUGACCCCCAGCUGCCUGAAUGCCGCCCACGAUGAGCUCAGGCCGCCUCGACCCAGCGCGACGGCCCAUGCUUGGCUGCUGGUGGACCACUGCCGUGACGCCACGUCAUGCCCGCCACGCCCUGCACUGCAGCAGCGGACCGCACUCCUGAGGAUGUCCGCCCAUGUUCAUGGCUCGACGACUUGGGAGGCCUCCGCUGUGGUCGGCUUGUGCGGCAUGUGGGGGGACAGGACUGACAGGCUGACGUCGCGUCACAGAAAGUAGAUGGAAGGGGGCGGCCGGGGGCGUCAAUGGUGUGGGGGUGCCUGGAGAGGGAGGGAGAGGGACAAAUGCAACACACACACAGGUGGGAUGGAUGCAUCCGCGUGUGUCGGUGUGCUAUGCUGACCUGAAGGUGCGUUGCAGCAGGAUGGCGCAUUGGCCACCUACAUUCACACCGCGGUGAAGAACUGGGCGCCGACCUUUCCUGAACACGCAACACAUGGCAGCCACAAUACAUGAGAGGGAAGGCACGGUGUUAUUCUGAGUCGUCCAUUUCUCGCCCACCCGUACCAGAGUGCACUAUUCGCGAGCCACAUGUUGCCCAUCUUGGCAUGCCCCUCGUCGCUUCCACCCAAGAUCAUGCCGAUGUGUGGGAGUCGACAGCGCCCGGACCACAUUAAUCGUCUGGCAUGGCGAUCCUCUCCCACGCUGCCAC